GAAGACCGGCGGGAAAAUGACCGCACCUCUUGCCUGGCCAGGGUUCUCCCGAGAGGGAGGACGCUGGAACUGUGGCUUGCCCUGAUCGGCCGAGAAGGAUUUGCCAUGAAUCUUCUGCGUCGGAGUGGGAAACGGCGGCGUUCAGAAUCAGGCUCAGAUUCGUUCUCGGGAAGUGGCGGUGACAGCACUGCCAGCCCCCAGCUCCUCUCCGGGUCCGUGCUGAGUCCGCCGCCGGGCCUGGGUCGCUGCCUGAAGGACCGCAGCCGUCAGUCGGCCGCAGCUGCAGGAGAAUGCAAGCCUACAGUUCCUGACUACCAAAUAGACAAGCUACUAUUGGCAAACUGGGGACUUCCUAAAGCAGUUCUGGAAAAAUACCACAGUUUUGGUGUAAAAAAGAUGUUUGAAUGGCAGGCAGAGUGCCUUUUGCUUGGACAAGUCCUGGAAGGAAAGAAUUUAGUUUAUUCAGCUCCUACAAGUGCUGGGAAGACUCUUGUGGCAGAAUUACUUAUUUUGAAGCGGGUUUUGGAAAUGCGGAAGAAAGCUUUGUUUAUUCUUCCCUUUGUUUCUGUGGCUAAAGAGAAGAAAUACUACCUCCAGAGUCUGUUUCAGGAAGUAGGAAUAAAAGUAGAUGGUUAUAUGGGCAGCACCUCUCCGUCAAGGCAUUUCUCUUCAUUGGAUAUUGCAGUCUGCACAAUUGAGAGAGCCAAUGGUCUGAUCAAUCGCCUCAUAGAGGAAAAUAAGAUGGAUCUGUUAGGAAUGGUGGUUGUGGAUGAAUUACAUAUGCUGGGAGACUCUCACCGAGGGUAUCUGCUGGAACUUUUGCUGACCAAGAUUUGCUAUAUUACUCGGAAAUCAGCAUCUUGUCAGGCAGAUUUAGCCAGUUCUCUGUCUAAUGCUGUGCAGAUUGUUGGCAUGAGUGCUACCCUUCCUAAUUUGGAGCUUGUGGCUUCCUGGUUGAAUGCUGAAUACUACCAUACCGACUUUCGCCCUGUACCACUUUUGGAGUCAGUAAAAGUUGGAAAUUCCAUAUAUGACUCUUCAAUGAAACUUGUGAGGGAAUUUGAACCUAUGCUACAAGUGAAGGGAGAUGAGGACCAUGUUGUUAGUUUAUGUUAUGAGACGAUUCGUGAUAACCAUUCAGUAUUACUUUUUUGUCCAUCAAAGACAUGGUGUGAGAAGCUGGCAGAUAUCAUUGCUCGAGAGUUUUAUAAUCUACAUCAUCAAACUGAGGGAUUGGUGAAACCCUCUGAAUGCCCACCAGUAAAUCUAGAACAAAAAGAACUCCUGGAAGUGAUGGAUCAGUUAAGACGUUUGCCUUCAGGACUGGACUCUGUAUUACAGAAAACUGUACCAUGGGGAGUAGCAUUUCAUCAUGCAGGUAUUUCAUAUUUAUAAUCUGUUAUUAAGAAACCUCCAAAAUUCCUCGUACUGUCUUAACUUUUAUAUUUGUGUAAAUUUAUUUCUUGUUAAACACACUUAAUAUCCUUAGAUUUCUUUUUAAGAAAUUGUAUGGGAGGUGGAGGCCCUGAAGAUAUCUUGAUGAAUAAGCAGAUGGCUGGUCGUGCUGGCAGGAAAGGAGUGGACACAGUAGGCGAGAGUAUCUUAAUUUGUAAGAACUCUGAGAAAUCAAAAGGGAUAGCUCUCCUUCAGGGUUCUCUAAAGCCUGUUCGCAGCUGUCUGCAAAGACGAGAAGGAGAAGAAGUAACUGCCAGCAUGAUACGAGCUAUUCUGGAGAUAAUAGUUGGUGGAGUGGCAAGUACAUCACAAGAUAUGCAUACUUAUGCUGCCUGCACAUUUUUGGCUGCAAGUAUGAAAGAAGGGAAGCAAGGAAUUCAGAGAAAUCAAGAGUCUGUUCAGCUUGGAGCAAUUGAGGCCUGCGUGAUGUGGCUGCUAGAAAAUGAAUUCAUCCAGAGUACAGAAGCCAGUGAUGGAACAGAAGGAAAGGUGUAUUAUCCAACACAUCUUGGUUCGGCUACUCUUUCUUCUUCACUUUCUCCAGCUGAUACUUUAGAUAUUUUUGCUGACCUGCAAAGAGCAAUGAAGGGCUUUGUUUUAGAGAAUGAUCUUCAUAUUCUCUAUCUGGUUACACCUAUGUUCGAGGAUUGGACUACUAUUGAUUGGUAUCGAUUUUUCUGUUUAUGGGAGAAGUUGCCAACUUCAAUGAAAAGGGUGGCAGAGCUAGUGGGAGUUGAAGAGGGGUUCUUGGCCCGCUGUGUGAAAGGAAAAGUAGUAACCAGAACUGAGAGACAGCAUCGACAAAUGGCCAUCCAUAAAAGGUUUUUCACCAGUCUUGUGCUAUUAGAUUUAAUCAGUGAAGUUCCCUUAAGGGAAAUUAAUCAGAAAUAUGGAUGCAAUCGUGGACAGAUUCAAUCUUUGCAACAGUCAGCUGCUGUUUAUGCAGGGAUGAUUACAGUGUUUUCCAACCGUCUGGGCUGGCACAACAUGGAACUACUACUUUCCCAAUUUCAGAAGCGUCUUACAUUUGGCAUCCAGAGGGAGCUGUGUGACCUGGUUCGGGUAUCCUUACUAAAUGCUCAGAGAGCCAGGGUUCUCUAUGCUUCUGGCUUUCAUACUGUGGCGGACCUUGCUAGGGCAAAUAUUGUGGAGGUGGAGGUGAUUCUGAAAAGUGCUGUGCCUUUCAAAAGAUUACUUUUUAAGAAUACGGAAUUUAGAAAUUCAGGGCCAUUUGAUAAAAAUGUAUCUUUGAGUGGUAAGGAAAAAGAUAACAAAAUAUCAUUCCCAUUACAAAUAAAGCAAAGUUGUUCACGGAACAUAACACUAACUAAUGACAAUUUUGUGGAAGACAUUGUCACAGGAUCUCAGAGUAAAAAUGUGACUUGUCAGGCCACUGGUGUGGUUGGUGAAAAGGGCAGAGGAGUAGCUGUUGAGGCAGAAAAAAUAAAUGAAGUGCUGAUACAAAAUGAUUCAAAAAACCAGAAUGUUUAUGUGAAACACUGUGACUCCGAUCCAAUUAACCAGUACCCGCAAAAGCAAUCUCAUGAACAGACAAGCACUUUUACCCAACAGAAAAAUAUAAUAGAGAGACAAAUGCCCUGUGAAGCAGUCAGUAGUUACAUAAAUAGAGACUCAAAUGUUACUAUUAAUUGUGAAAGGAUAAAGCUUAAUACGGAGGAAAAUAAACCAAGUCAUUUUCAGGCAUUAGGAGAUGAUAUAAGCAGAACUGCAAUACCCAGUGAAGUAUUUCCAUCAACUGGAGCAUUUAGCAAAUCAGGAGGCCAGCAUGAGAAUUUUCUAAAUAUUUCUAGACUACAAGAAAAAACGGGUACUUACACAACAAACAAAACUAGAAAUAAUCAUAUUUCUGACUGUGAUUUUGAAGAUAGUUUCUACCUGGAUACUCAGUCAGAGAAAAUAAUGCAACAGAUGGCAACUGAAAGUACCAAACUAGGAGCAAAGGACACCAACCUGGCAGCAGGGAUAAUGCAGAAGAGCGUAGUCCAACAGAACUUGAUGAACUCUUUUCAGAAAGAGUGUCACAUUCCUUUUCCUGCUAAGCAGCAUCCUCUAGGAGUGACUAAGAUAGAUCAUUUGGAUCUUAAGACUGUAGGUACUAUGAAACAAAGCACUGAUUCGCAUGGGGUUGAUAUCCUGACUCCAGAAAGCCCAAUUUUCCAUUCUCCAAUACUAUUGGAGGAAAAUGGUCUUUGUUUUAAAAAGAAUGAACUUUCUGUUACUGAUUCUCAAUUAAAUAGUUUUCUUCAAGGUUAUCAAACACAAGAAACUGUGAAACCAGUUAUACCUCUGAUUCCUCAAAAGAGAACUCCCACUGGUGUAGAAGGAGAAUGUCUUCCAGUUCCUGAAACAAGUUUGAAUAUGAGUGACAGUUUACUCUUUGAUAGUUUCAGUGAUGACUAUCUAGUAAAAGAACAAUUACCUGAUGUGCAAACGAAAGAACCCCUUCCUUCAGAAGUAACAUCACACCAUUUUAGUGAUUCUCUGUGUCUACAACAAGAAGACCUAAUUAAAAAAUCAAAUGUAAAUGAGAAUCAAGAUACCUGCCAGCAGUUGACUUUUUCCAAUGAUGAAUCUGUUAUAUUUUCAGAAAUGGAUUCUGUUCAGAUGGUUGAAGCUUUGGACAAUGCGGAUAUAUUUCCUGUUCAAGAGAAGCAUCAUACUGUAGUAUAUCCUAGAGCAUUAGAACUAAAUGAUCCAGUACUUGAUGAGCACCACCAAGGUGAUCAAGAUGGAGGAGAUCAAGAUGAAAGGGCUGAAAAAUCAAAAUUAACUGGGACCAGGCAAAAUCAUUCAUUCAUAUGGUCAGGGGCAUCAUUUGAUCUAAGUCCAGGACUGCAAAGGAUUUUAGAUAAAGUGUCCAGUCCACUAGAAAAUGAAAACCUAAAAUCAGUGACUAUAAACUUGUCUAGUUUGAAUGGAAAAAAUACAGAGUUAAAUGAAGAACAAGAAGUUAUUUCAAACUUGGAGACAAACCAAGUGCAGGGAAUUUCAUUUUCUUCUAAUAGUGAAGUAAAAAGCAAGAUUGAGAUGCUAGAAAACAAUGCCAAUCAUGGUGAAACCUCAUCCCUCUUACCUCGUAAAGAAAGCGAUAUAGUUGAUGAUAAUGGUCUCAUUCCUCCUACACCCGUUCCAACAUCUGCUUCUAAACUGACAUUUCCAGGGAUUCUUGAAACACCUGUAAACCGUUGGAAAACUAAUAAUGUUUUACAACCUGGUGAAAGUUAUUUAUUUGACUCACCUUCAGAUAUUAAAAACCACGAUUUAAGUCCAGAGAGUAGAAAUGGGUUCAAAGACAACAACCCUAUUAGUGACACAGGCUUUUCACUUCAGUUAUCACAGGAUGGAUUACAGUUAACUCCAGCCUCAAGCAGUUCAGAAAGUUUGGCCAUAAUUGAUGUAGCAAGUGACCAAAAUCUUUUUCAAACAUUCAUUAAGGAGUGGCGGUGCAAAAAGCGAUUUUCCAUCUCACUGGCUUGUGAAAAGCUUAGAAGUUUCACAUCUUCUAAAACUGCUACUAUUGGUGGUAGGUUUAAGCAAGCUAGCUCACCUCAGGAAAUUCCUAUUAGAGAUGAUGGAUUUCCUAUUAAAGGUUGUGAUGACAUCUUGGUGGUUGGACUGGCAGUAUGCUGGGGUGGAAGGGAUGCCUAUUAUUUUUCAUUGCAGAAGGAACAAAAGCAUUCUGAAAUUAGUGCCAGUUUGGUUCCACCUUCUCUAGAUCCAAGCCUGACUUUGAAAGACAGGAUAUGGCACCUUCAAUCUUGCUUGCGAAAGGAAUCUGAUAAAGAACGUUCUGUUGUCAUCUAUGACUUCAUCCAGAGCUAUAAAAUUCUUCUUCUUUCUUGUGGCAUCUCCUUGGAGCAAAGUUAUGAAGAUCCUAAGGUGGCAUGCUGGUUACUAGAUCCAGAUUCUCAGGAGCCGACUCUUCAUAGCAUAGUUACCAGUUUUCUUCCUCAUGAGCUUCCGCUCCUAGAAGGGAUGGAGACCAGCCAAGGGAUUCAAAGCCUGGGGCUAAAUGCUGGCAGUGAGCAUUCUGGGCGAUACAGAGCAUCUGUGGAGUCCAUUCUCAUCUUCAACUCUAUGAAUCAGCUCAACUCUUUGUUGCAGAAGGAAAACCUUCAAGAUGUUUUCCAUAAGGUGGAAAUGCCCUCUCAGUACUGCUUGGCCUUGCUCGAACUAAAUGGAAUUGGCUUUAGUACUGCAGAAUGUGAAAGUCAGAAACACAUAAUGCAAGCCAAGUUGGAUGCAAUUGAGACCCAGGCCUAUCAACUAGCUGGCCACAGUUUUUCUUUCACCAGUUCAGAUGACAUCGCUGAGGUUUUAUUUUUGGAAUUGAAGUUGCCCCCAAAUGGAGAGAUGAAAAACCAAGGCAGCAAGAAAACUCUGGGUUCCACCAGAAGAGGGAAUGACAAUGGACGCAAGCUAAGGCUGGGAAGACAGUUCAGCACUAGACGAAUAACCUUUACAGAACCAAAUAUUCAGAAUGUGCCAAGAGAUUUUGAAAUCAAAAUGCCAACACUAGUAGGAGAAAGCCCACCUUCUCAAGCUAUAGGCAAAGGCCUACUUCCCAUGGGCAGAGGAAAAAGUAAGAAGGGUUGCAGCCUGAACCCUGGACGCCAGGCACAGAUGGAGGAGAGAGCUGCAGACAGAGGAAUGCCAUUUUCAAUUAGCAUGCGACAUGCCUUUGUGCCUUUCCCAGGUGGUUUAAUACUGGCUGCUGACUACUCCCAGCUUGAACUGAGGAUCUUGGCUCAUUUAUCCCAUGAUCGUCGUCUCAUUCAAGUGUUAAACACUGGAGCUGAUGUUUUCAGGAGCAUUGCAGCAGAAUGGAAGAUGAUUGAGCCAGAGUCUGUUGGGGAUGAUCUGAGGCAGCAGGCAAAACAGAUUUGCUAUGGGAUCAUUUAUGGAAUGGGAGCUAAAUCUUUGGGAGAGCAGAUGGGCAUUAAAGAAAAUGAUGCUGCUUGCUACAUUGACUCCUUCAAAUCCAGAUACACAGGGAUUAAUCAAUUCAUGAGAGAGACAGUGAAAAAUUGUAAAAGAGAUGGGUUUGUUCAGACCAUUUUGGGAAGGCGUAGAUAUUUACCAGGAAUCAAAGACAACAACCCUUAUCAUAAAGCUCACGCUGAGCGUCAAGCUAUCAACACAACAGUCCAAGGAUCAGCAGCUGAUAUUGUCAAAAUAGCCACAGUUAACAUUCAGAAGCAAUUAGAGACCUUCCACUCAACUUUCAAAUCCCAUGGCCAUCGAGAGGGUAUGCUCCAAAGUGACCGAACAGGAUUGUCACGAAAGAGAAAACUGCAAGGGAUGUUCUGCCCAGUCAGAGGAGGCUUUUUCAUCCUUCAACUCCAUGAUGAACUCCUGUAUGAAGUGGCAGAAGAAGAUGUUGUUCAGGUAGCUCAGAUUGUCAAGAAUGAAAUGGAAAGUGCUGUAAAACUGUCUGUGACAUUGAAAGUGAAAGUGAAAAUAGGUGCCAGCUGGGGAGAGCUGAAGGACUUUGAUGUGUAACUGUGCUGCUGAUGAAGUCCCCCCAGGGAAGCCUGUGCAGAUACAGUCACCUGGAAAGAACAGAGAUUACCCUUUCACCUUCCUCAGGAAAACAGACUUUCAAGUCUUGAUAGACUUAGCCUAGUGAUUUUAUAGUGAGAGUUUCAACCUAUAUAUUAGGAUCUGUCUUUAUAGCAUCUUCUGGGAGAGUGGGGGAAGUAAAAUACCAAGUAUAAUAGUUACAUUCACUUUCAAAGAGCAUCUAUGAAUUUGCCUUUUGUAAUUUACUGUGGCUUUAAACAGAUUCAGAACAGAGGCUUGAAAUAUGCACUUAGCACUUUGGCUCCACCUCUGUCUGGGUCAACCAUGAAGAAAAUGAAGCUGCUGCCUCUAUCGACCCCGACAGAGCCACAGGCAGAUAAAGAUUUGGUUUCACCCUGGUGGUGUUAGGCAUUGUGUGUGACUUUUUUUCCUCUAAUAUCAAUUUUAAAGUACCGAAAUAGUAUUUUAAAAUAGUAUUGGCUAAUAAAUUAUGAAUUCUAUAAAGUGGUAAGACUUGGUAUAGUUAGAGUCUAGGAAUGAAUAUUCGUGAAAUGUUUCUUAUUGCUUUUCCUUCCCUCAUUCAUACAAUGAAUGUAUUUGGAAUACUUACAUAUUAUAAAAUAAACUAUACCUCUUCAAGAGGUGUCCUGUUCUGUAAGAUCAGAUGUUUUUAUUGCAGGUAAAUAUAAUACUGCCAGAGACAGAAAAUACCCCCUUAUCAGUCCCUUAGUGCCUCUUUCUAUUUGUGGCAUCGUGAGAAAACCCAUGCUGAAAAGACUGUACUUUGUGAUCCCAAUCAGAGGGGUGGAGCUGAUCUUUUGCUGUUGAAAUAAAGUGAAUUUAUGAGAAACUUUAUAUCAA